UCAAACUAACAACACGAGAGCUAAUGAGAGCUAAAAGUUUGGAUCUAAACACUAGAGGGCAACAGAGCGUUACUGUCAAAAAGAUCUGUUUGAAUGCCAAACAUUUUUAAACUAUUUUUUAUUUAUUGUUAUUAUUAUAAUAAUAAUUAUUAUUAAUACAUAACACAUCCUUCACAAAAAAAUAUCAGUAUAGUGGGCUGAUUUUUAAAACACUAAAUUUGGUUUCCACAGUCUUGUUUGUGAAAGAGAAAAAAAAGAAAUGCAAGAUGGCGCUGUUUCAUAAUACACUCCCGCUGACUGCCAGCACACCCUCUUGAUUAGUUGUUGGUUGCCUGGCGUUGCUAAGGAAGUCAAGUAAGUUUGCUUCUUCAGCGAACUGGAGCAUGUAAUCAUCUGAGUACCAUGGGACUUGUUCACAUCUAAAACCAAGUCAAUAGGAUGAGUGAGCAUGGAGACAGCAUCGUCCCGUUUAACCCUACAGAACUCAAAUCAGGAGAAACAGCUUGUAAAACAGACAUUACUGUUCUAAGUGUAGACCUGAGGACAGACAAGAGCAACAAGGAGGAGCUCAAAGACAUCAAGAAGCCAUAUGAAGGUACCAAACUACUUCAGGAUGAGCAUAACAAGGAUGCCAAGCUUAGUCCGUUUCAGCCUCGUCCUCCCUCUCUUCCGAAACCCGUGGGAUUGGGAAUGGGGGGUAAAAACAUCUCAUUUGAUGAUAAGGUGAGGGGGAGAAGAUUAAGGAACAGCCAGGAGAGUCUCACCGACCCGGGCGAGACAGGUUCUUCCACCGAUUCGCUUAAAGAAGACAUCUCUUCAAAUGGCCAAGGCCUUGCAUCCGGGCGUCCACUCGAUCUCCCACCCAUGGAGACACCGUCGUUCAGGAUUAGGAACGGUAGCUUCUCCGAGACGGACAAUGAGCAUAGUGAGCCAAAUAAAGAGCGUUUGAAACCGUCCCGAAUUAUUCUGUCCCCACUGCAGCCCACUGGCACAUAUCCUCCUCUGGAGAACAACGCAGGUUCCACGUCUUUAAGGACAACUAAUCGGAUUGACAGGGAUUGCUUGGAUUACAGUGCGGUGGGGAGAAGGGGGCGGUCGGAGAGGCUUCAGAGGAAUCUGAGCGAUAGCCGGCUGUUGGACACCAUGGUGUCAGACAAUGUCUCUGUCCAUUCCAUGAAGUCCACCUACAGCGUUCUGAACCCCAUCAGACCCCGCGAUGUGAGGAACAGGAGCUUUCUGGAGGGCAGUGUUUUGGGUAACGGUGCCUUGCUGGGGGCAGAAGAGCUAGACCGCUACUUCCCGGAGAGACGGCUGGGUAUCUACGUCGCCACAUGGAACAUGCAGGGAGAGAAGGGGCUUCCAUACAACCUAGAUGAUCUGCUGCUCCCAACCGACACAGACUUUGCACAGGACGUCUACGUUAUAGGAGUUCAGGAAGGAUGUCCGGACAGGAGGGAGUGGGAGAUCCGCCUGCAGGAAACUCUUGGACCAUAUUACGUGAUGCUGUAUGCUGCAGCCCAUGGGGUUCUCUAUCUCACUAUAUUUGUCAGGAGAGACCUCAUAUGGUUCUGUUCAGAGGUGGAACAUGCUACAGUCACAACUAGAAUUAUAUCUCAGAUUAAGACUAAAGGAGCUGUGGGUAUCGGCUUCACUUUCUUUGGGACGUCCUUCCUCUUUAUUACAUCCCAUUUCACCUCUGGAGAUUCCAAAGUAUAUGAGAGGAUCUUAGAUUACAACAAGAUCAUAGAAGCUUUGGCUCUUCCUAGAAACCUUCCUGAUACAAACCCUUACCGCUCCACAACUUCUGAUGUCACAACCCGCUUUGAUGAAGUCUUCUGGUUUGGAGAUUUUAACUUCCGCCUAAAUAAAGCCAGAGGAGAGGUGCAAGCCAUUUUGAAUCAGGAUGUGGGCGCAGAUAUGAGCCCACUACUACAACAUGACCAGCUGUUGAGAGAGAUGAAAGAAGGUUCCAUUUUUAAAGGAUUUCAGGAAGCAUCUAUUCACUUUCCUCCCACAUACAAGUUUGACAUCGGUUGUGAUGUAUAUGACACCACCACAAAGCAGAGAACACCCUCAUAUACAGACCGGAUUCUUUAUCGAAACAGACAAGCAGAUGACAUUAAAGUGAUCAAGUAUACAUCUUGCUCGUCCAUCAAGACAUCAGAUCACCGGCCUGUCAUCGGCAUGUUUCAGGUCAAACUUCGUCCGGGUAGAGAUAACAUUCCUUUGGGUGCUGGGCAGUUUGACAGGAGCCUGUACCUCGAAGGAAUCCGAAGGAGAAUCACCAGAGAGCUGAAAAAGAGAGAAGCAGCCAUGAAAAACCAGAAUAACAGCACGGUUUGCACCAUAUCCUGAUCUGGGGCCAGUGUGCGACAGCCAUAGGGUGCUAAAACUGAUCAUUUCAAACCGAGGUACUGACUUGGAAAGCUGGACUUUCAGGACCAAAGGAUAACUCGGUACUACGGAUGUCAAGUGCACAGUCCCUCGGCUGGACGUUUAGCAGCUAGUGUUGGAACUAUAAAAUAUUAUAUAAA